CCAGGCCAGUCACGAUGAUGUCGGAGACUUUGGAGCAGAGUGACGACGUCCUGCCCCUCCACGAGGUGGAGCCCCACAAGGAGGACGACGGACACUGCCCCCUGCCUUUCAGGCUGCAGCUGAUCGACGACCUGUCCUACGAAGACGUGAAGAAGUGUUACAGAGGAUCAACCGUCAGCAAGUACAACUCUCAGUACCACAAACUCUUCCAGACCGUCCCCACAGAGGAGAUCCUGAUGAAAGUGUAUUCGUGUGCGUUGUUGAGAGACAUCCUGCUGCAGGGUCGACUCUACAUCUCCAGGAACUGGCUGUGUUUCUACGCAAACCUGUUUGGUAAAGACAUCAAGGUCUGUAUACCAGUGGUGUCAGUUCGGCUGGUGAAGAAACACAAGACAGCCGGCCUGGUGCCAAACGGGCUGGCCAUCACAAUGGACACCGGACAGAAGUACGUGUUUGUGUCCCUGCUGUCCAGAGACAGUGUCUACGACGUCCUCAGGAGGAUCUGCACUCACCUGCAGGUGAACGGGAAGAGUCUGAGUCUGAAGCAGUACCUGGAGGAGCCCAGCUCUCUGUCUAUGGACGAGUUUCCAGAGGUGUUGAAGUGGAGGAGGAAGCCCUCGCUCCCCGCCGUCUCCUCGUCCCUCCCAGACUUGCUGGGAAACUCCACCCCCGGCCUCACCGCCGACACGACCUUCAGCACGCACACGCUCACCGACAGCAGUUUGGAAACAGAGAAGAUCCUGCUGACAGAACCAGUACCUGAACUGAGUCACAUGGAGUACCAGCUGCUGAAACUCUUCAUCCUGCUCGUCUUCCUGUUGGUCCUGUCUUCCUGCUAUCUGGCCUUCAGAGUUUGUCGUCUGGAGCAGCAGCUGAGCUUCCUGAGCAGCCAGCCGACACUCAGAGAGAGGUACGCACACGUUAAUGAGGGCGCUCAUUUACAUAAAACAUGUCCCGGCUUCGAAACCUAA